AUGGAGCGCCCCUAUCGUAGCGAUUGCAUGAUCUACCAAAGCGGUGGUGAAAAGCAUGAACUCGGUACGGCGUUCCUGGUCAUAGGUGAGAUGCGAAGGCGAGUGAUCGGGUGGUGGCCGAUCAAUGAACGGAUGUGCAGGUUGAGGAUUCGUGGCAGGUUCUUCAACCUGAGCAUCAUAAAUGUGCAUAGUCCGCACCUUGGAAGCACCGAUGACGAUAAAGACAAUUAUUAUACGCAGUUGGAGAGGGAGUACGACCGCUGCCCACAACACGACGUUGAAAUUGUCAUCGGGGAUUUUAAUGCUCAGGUCGGACGGGAGGAGACAUUUAAACCGACGAUAGGAAGUUUCAGUGCCCACCGGCUGACCAACGACAACGGGCUUCGGCUUGUAAACUUCGCCUCCUCCAAGCACAUGAACAUUCGCAGCACCUUCUUCCAGCACGCACCUCGCUUCAGUUACACCUGA